AUGGAUUACAUUGCUGGAUUUAUUGCUAUAUCCACAAUUUAUCAAACACAUAUGGCUCAGUGCAUUAGUAAAGCGAGAUUUGUUAAUGAUGGUACCAUUCAAAUUAUCAAAAACGAUCGCAAUGCCUGGCAUUUUCAUAUCCCGGAAUAUUUCGAUGUGAAGGGGGAAAAGUUAAAUUUAUUGAUGGAAAUGAUCGAAGAACGUGUAAAUAUGCUUUAUGAAAACGAAUUGAAAAGGAGCGAAAUGUAUAAGCGAUGCUUGUGGACAAUUUGUUUAAUGCUACCAUUGUAUAUUAUGGCAUCAGUUGGUUGGAUAAUCGCAAAUAUUUUUUUUUAUAAAAAACAAAGGCAAAAGUUAAAAAAAAGUGAUGAAGCAAAUAAUUGCAGUCAAAGUCAAGAAAGAGAGCGAUUGCUUGAACGAUACAAUCAAAUUCCACCACCAUCUGAUAUAUCUAUUAUAAAUCGGUCACCUUUAGCACUUACGUGGUCGAAUGAAGCGAAUAAUGAAGUGUAUUCGUCAUUUGAAAUGAAUCGCGCCCGAGUUGAAGCAAUUUUGAAGCGUAACAAUGAACCGCAAUUCAUGAGAAGAAUAUAG